AUGCCCUCCCAAAAGCCAAAGAUCCUCCUCAUGGGCGCCACCGGCUACGUCGGCGGCUCCGUCCUCCACCACCUCCUCGCCCACCCGGACCUCACCACCACAAUCACCCCCUCCCACCCAAUCACCCUCCCCAUCCGCCCGGGCAACCCCCCUUCCUCCUCCCCGUCCCGCGCCGAGCUCCUCACCGCAACAUACGGCCCCCGCGUCCGCCCAGUGCACAUCACCUCCCUCGACGACGCGCAAACCCUCACCCGCCUCGCCUCGCAACACGACCUCGUCAUCAACGCCGCCUCCGGCUUCCACCCCUCCUCCGCCGAAGCCCUCGUCCUCGGCCUCGCCCAGCGCCGCAAGACCCACCACCGCCCCGGCGCCUCCACAACCCCGUGGAUGAUCCACACCUCCGGCACCUCCAACAUCGCCGACCGGCCCCUCAGCGGCGUCCCCCGCCCCGACGCCGAACACGACGACGCCAACGCCCCCGCCGUCUUCGCCUUCGAGGAAGCGGAGAACCGGCGCGAGUGGUACCCCCAGCGCGCCGCCGAACUCGUCGUCCUCCGCACCGCCUCCGAGACCGGCGUCUCCGCCGCCUCCAUCCAGGCCCCCUGCAUCUUCGGCACGGGCUCCGGCCUCUUCAACCGCGCAGGCCUCAUGGUGCCCGUGAUGAUGUCCUUCGUCCUGACCCACGGCUUCGGCAUCCGCGUCGGCGACGGCACCGGCUGCAUCGACACCGUGCACGUCGCCGACCUCGCGGACCUCUACGUCCUCUGCGUGCGCGACAUCGUCCACAAUGCCGGCGCCAACGUCCCCUCCGGCACGGGCGGCAUCAUCUUCCCCGCCGUCGGGCGCACGCUGACCGCGGAGAUCCCGAAGAAGUGUCUCGACGUGGCGUUCGCGACGGGGAACCUGCCGCUCGAGGACGGUCCGCAGACGCCGGAGAUACGGGAGUGGAGCAUUGAGGACGCGGCGGUUACGACGGCGGGGAAUGUGGCGGUCGCGGAGACGGGGUACGCGGGCCACCGCAAGACGAAGGGGACUGUGGCGCGGGAGAGGCUGGGGUGGGCGCCGGUGUAUCUGGAGGAGGCGUGGGAGAAGGACUUUGAGACGGAGUUGAGGGCGGCGUUGAAUGGGCAGCGGGCGUCGACUAUGGCGGCGUGUAUUGCGAAUACCAAGUGA